UCCAACGGUAGAAAACCACGUGUACACGGAGGCUCAUAUUUUUGGUAGACCAUGAUAUGCAACGAGUCCUCGCAGAAGCUGAUCCCCAACUUCAUUCAACGUUCCUGCUUACGGUUCUUCGUCUCUCUCUCUCUCUCACCAGUUGUGGAAGUAUGAAUUGGGUUCAGCGAAAGAUCCACCUUUACAAUGUGACAUUUGGGCUUUAUAUGCUGGAUUGGUGGGAGCGUUGUACAUUUAAUAUUUUGGUGAUUGUACUAAUGUGUUUUGUAGUGCGGUACAUUACUCAGUUCGUCAAGAGGUAUGUCUUUUUGUUGUGAGGAGCAAAAUCAUUUUCAUUUGAAGAAGCCAAUGUAGAUCUUUACUUGGAGACUUAAUUAGUUGCAGCCGGUGUUUGGCAUAGAUGAUUAGGGAACAUAACUUGUAGCAAUUUGAUAUGGACUUACUUGGUGCUUCUUAAAAAUGCCAAAAAAAUUAGCGACCGCACCUCUAUGAUACACAAUCAUGAAUCUUAUUUAAACAUUUCUGUACUUAAAAGUCUGUGAUACUUAGUCAUGAACUUUAUUUAAACAUUUUUGUACUUAUAGGCUUGUUUAUGCCUGUUGGCGUUCUUUACAUUGUACUUAUGUGAGUUGUUCAUUUCUAAGUGCUGAUAAGGGUCUGGUAUAUUUAAUGUUAAA